CAGCAGGAGGCUGGUCUCAGUCCGCUGGUGGUUUAUUGUGUGAAGCAGGUCGUCCUUCUCCAGUCCCUCAUUACCUGCAGCGCAGGACGCGCCUCCACUACUGGGAGCUCACUGCGGCCUCACCUGGCGGCAGCAGGCGGGGACAUGCAGCUACGGGCUGACCAGCACCAACGCAAACAAGUCACAGCACUGGACCGCUGACGGGGGGCCCGGAUGUGAUUCUGGUUCGCUGUGUGUGAUUGUGUGUGUGUGUGUGUGUGUGUGUGUGCAACCCGGCCUGAGUGUGCCAUGUGUGGACCCACCUGGUCCCUGUGUCUGCUGCUCUGGAUGGUGGAGAUGCGAGUGUCCAGGACGCAAGGUCAGGUCACGGCCCCCGCCACGCUGCGAGCAGAGGUAGGUCGGCCCGUGCUGCUCGGCUGCAACGUCACCACGGCAACGGGCGAUACCGUCAAGCAAGUGCGCUGGCUCGACGGGCACAGCAAGCUCAUCCUGGCGUACCGGCCGACCGUGCCGGUGCGCGUCAGCCACCGGGCGCCCGACGUGCAGCUCACCGCCGCCCACGGCGACGCCAGCUACAUCACCAUCGGGAGGGUGCGGCCGGACGACGAGGGCUGCUACCGCUGCGUCUUUGACGUUUACCCCGGGGGGGCGAUGGAAGGCAUCACGUGCAUCCAGGUCACUGGGCGAGUGCACAUGGAGGGCAACAAGACGGCCGUGAGCGGGAAGCCGGCCAGCCUCUCCUGCCGGUACAACCUCCCGCAGAAGGUGAUCCAGGUGCUGUGGAGGAAGACGGCCGAGCAGGGCGACACCACCACCGUGGCCUCCUUCACCCGGGGCGGCUCCCAGAAGACGGAGGAGCAGUACGGCGGCCGGGUCAACCUGAGCCGCACCCUGGGCGACACCCGGCUGACCAUCCUGAAGGUCCGGACGGAGGACGAGGCGUGCUACACCUGCGAGUUCCACACGUACCCGGACGGCAGCCGGAAAGACAGCGCCUGCCUCUCUGUUUACGUCCUACCCAAACCGGAGGUGAGUCACGUGACCUCGUCCCCGGGAGUCGGCGAGGCCAACUGCACCGCCCGGUCCCGGCCCGCGGCGGAGAUCGCGUGGGACGUCGGCGGGGACAACCGGACGCUGGGACCACCCGUCCUGUCCGCCUACGACCAGGGCGACGGCACGACGGUGGUGACGAGCACGCUGCUCUUCCAGCCGGCGCUGCUCGCCGACGUGACCGUCCGCUGCGUCGUGCGCCACCCGGGUUUGGACAACCCGCUGACGGUGUCCGUCAACACAGGCAUGCCUGCAGCCACGGUCGUCGUCCUCUCGGUGUGCGGCGUGGCGUCGGUCCUCCUCCUCUGUCUCUGCGUGUGUCUCUGCAAGUGCUUCGUCUGCACUGACGACUGAUGUGGAGGCCCCCGAGGUCACCGCUGCUGUGAUGGCGGCGCGGCGGCGCUCUGGGCCUGACCUCUCGGCUCUGCACAGCGCGAGCGGGCGAACGGGAACGGAACCCGAGGCGCAGCUGGUUCUGCAUCUGCGAGCAGGGGAGACCCCGCGAGUGCAGGAACAAAUUUAUUUUUGUCAUUUACUGCAACGUAAACCGAACUAAAACCUAGUUAUUUAAUGCUCCGCACUGACAGUGUAAAGUUUGUGUGUAAUCACCCCUCAGAUGUGCAACAUUUACAUUUUUUUAAAAUAUAUAUAUUGGUUGAUAUGUCAAGUUUUAAAGCUGAAUCCUGGUGGGUCUGCGUCCACCAAACCGCCCGCCGCAGGGUUCUACGCCACCUAGAACCCACUGAGAGGACACUUCCUGUGGAAGAAGGAAAGGGCAGUCACCAAACUGGACUAAACUUUAGGAGUUUACCGGAAAGGAGGCUUAAAAACGGACUUUGAGGGAUUGGGGGAAAUAAUGAGAGGCUUUUUAUUUUUAGCUGGCGUGUUGUGGGGGACGGAGAAGCUCGGUCGCCCAAACCACAUAGUUCAUUUUUUAGAAAAUGUCAUUGUAAUGUAAAUUGUCAGCAAUAUUAUUUUCUAAUAAAGCUUUAACAUAGUUUUGGGAUAUACUUUCAGUAAUUAUCUGUAUAUAAAGAGGAUUAUAAGUAUAUGAGUGGGAAUAAAUGACUACAUUGGAGCUUCAUCUUUAAAGACUCAAUAACUAGUUCCAGCCUUUGAUGCUGAGAAUAUGAAGUUUAAAGUGGAUCAUAAAUAAAAUAUGAUAUUUUAUCUUUUGUUUCACUUUUUUGUUUUAUAAUAUUUCUUUUGGAGAUUAUUUGUAUCAUCUGAAAAACACACUAAGUGUUUGUUGGCAUGAAAUGAAAGCAAUUCCUGAGUUCAACCUGAAGUUCACAGGAUGCAAUGGCUUUUAUUGUUCCUCAUUUGAAUGAUUUUGAAAGGAAAAAGUAUAUAAGAAAAUCAUGAAUACCGCUGUAAUGAGCUAUAAUAGUUCGCUAAAGGUAAUGGAAAGUUGUUGAAAUGGAACAUUAUAGAUAAGCGGUGAAAAAUAUUAUCUGGAGGAUGUGCUUUUUCAAUCUAACUUGGUAAUGUUUAUGUAAUAAUGAUUCAUGUCAUCACUUUUCUUCCGUUUUGGAAAUGAACCAUUGUAAAGUUUUCCCCAAACAUCUUGCAUGGGAAAAAAAGCCAUUUUUCUUCUGAGUUUCCACCAACCUCCCAACGACUGGAAGGGGGACGUAAGUAGUUCUUUUGUUAUUGGAGGCCCUCGCUGUUAACCUUGAGUGGACUUUAAAAUAAAAUAAUAAACUCCCUGUACGGACUCUCCCUCAGAAAUAAUAAAGCCGUCAUGAAGCAUGCGGCUGGUUCACUUUAAGUUCAGCCUCCAGAGUCUUGCUUCUCCCACCACUAGAUGGUGGCCAUGUUUCAUUCUCGUUGUCAGGUUGUCCCAUCCAGCA